CAAACAACUCGGCUGAAACGAUAAUCACGAAAAUGAACGUUUUACUCCAGAAACAUGGAGCUAAACAUAUAUGUAAGGUCCCGGAAGGAUUACGCGAACUAUCCACCGACAUCGCACGCGAGGUACUGCGCUCGCAACCGAGGAACAUUUAUUGCUUUGUCGCUGAUUAUGUCGAAACCCUUUUGAUCACACGGGAAAAUGCAAAAGUCGCGGUGAAAGUCGUAGACAAUAUUUUAUUGGGGAGCCAGGCCAUCGUGGAUAUACUUCGUCGGAGCGGCUUGAGCUUCAAGCAGAUCGCCCGCGCCGCGCCCAGGAUUCAGACGGCGUUCCGCGCGUACUUGGACGCGGCAGACAUGCGAGCGACCCAGGUGUACGACGACACAACUUGCGACGAGAGAUCCAAGGUAUCUCUGCAAAGUAUUCUGCAGGAGACGGGGCUCACGCUGGAACUGGCGGAGAAGCAUGCCACGAUAAUACAAGUCGCUUUCCGUGAGCAUUAUAAGAGGAUGCUAUUAAACGAGUCCCGUGGCAUGAUUCAAUGGCAACGAGCGGCAACGAGGACCCUCGAGAUCCUGAGAAAGGCAGGAGCUUCGCAAGCGGAGGCGUCGAAAGCCGCCAUUUUGAUACAGGCUACUUACCGCGGCUACUAUACAAGGAAAAACCUAAAAAUGAAAAUGCAGGCUAUGCAACCGCAGGGGGAAGAGAAAAGAGGCGAGAUAGCUGGGUGGGAUAUGUGCGAGGAAUUAGGACUGACACCAAUGAGAGCAAAUGAAGCUGCAUCCACUAUACAAAAAGCUUACAGACGAUAUCGCGAGAGAAAAAGUAAACCUAAAUCGUCGGUAGAAUCACCGAGAUCGAGAGAAGCCAUUAUGAAAAAUUUGCAUCAGAAGGUUUUCGACGAAGUCAUGAUCCGUGCGGGCAUCCCCGCAGAAUUUGGUAAUCGAGAGGACUUGACGGAAGCUGCCGAAGAACUUCAACGUGCUCUUAAAGAUCGACUUGCUCGCUUGGCACAAAAUAACGACGAGGAAGAAUUCGCUUACGAAGAGGAACCUGAUGAAUCAUUUGAAGAAGUGGUGGACUCGAUUAGCGUGCCGGAAGAUUGGCAAGAAGAUCGAGAGAUCAAAAUAGAAUCUGUACGUGACGAAGGAACAAACGCGAACGUGUAAUAUUAGCAUCGAGGAGAGAACUGAACUUUCCGGAAGGGGGAGGGAAAAGCGUCGCGAUGCUGCGGAAUCCUUGCCAGAGACCAAUGAGAUGAGCCAAUUAACAUGGAAGCUGUGGGCGAACAGUGCGAGAGAAGAAACGAAACAACGAGCGUACGACCAUCACAAAGAGCCCAGCAAGCGAAAAGUCGUCUCCGGAGGCAGCCAAAUGCCGGAGACACCAUGGUUUUUAAUGCACAUGCUUACAUUCGAUAAUUUCGUUAACGUGCCGCGUUUCCGUAGUGAGCUUUAAAAUUCUCCCAGAUGGAAACUGGCUCUCUUCCACGCGCAUUUGAAUAAAACGAGCUGAAAGUUAAUUG